GCGAAUAUGCUUUCAUUCAUUAUUUAUUAUAUUUCACGUAAUCCAGAUGUGAAAAAGAAAAUGCUAAAAGAAAUUGAUAGUAUAUUCCAAGAUGAUAAAAUACGACCAAUCACAAAAGAUGAUUAUUAUAGUUUAAGCUACUGUGAAGCAAUUGUAAAAGAAGUAGCUCGAAUUCUCCCAGCUAUGCGCUCAUUUUCAAGAUAUACUAAUAAAUCUGAUAAAAUAGCAGGAUAUCAAUGGCCAGCUGGCAUAACGUUUAUAAUUGAUAUUAAAGCUAUUCAUAAUAAAGAUGAUUAUUGGGAAGAACCUAAUAGAUUUAAUCCUGAUAGAUGGAUGGUUGAAAAUUUUGAGCCAAAGAAGAAUUCUUUUAUUAUGUUUGGUGGAGGUUUAAGAUCAUGUCCAGGAAGAAAGUUGGCAAUGAUUGAAUUAGUUUGUACAAUGGUUUUAUUGUUUAGG